UAUUUUUCUUCAUUUCGAUUUUCUCGAGCAAUUAUGGCAGAAGCACCAGCAAAAACAGCAGCUCCCGAUGGCGAAGCAAUUAUCAAUUAUAUGAAAAAUCGUAUCCGUAAAGGUGCAAUGAAGAAAAAAGGAAUAAUUGUCAUUCAAGGACAUCAUUUCCAACCACGAUUUUUUAAACAACCAACUUUUUGUGGUCAUUGUAAGGAAUUUAUUUGGGGCUUCGGCAAACAAGGAUUUCAAUGUCAAGCUUGUAGAUUCAACGUUCACGACCGAUGCCAUGAGUAUGUGGUCUUCAAAUGCGCUGGCAAGGAUACGGAAAUCGAUUCGGAUUGUCAGAAAGUUAAACACAAUUUCGAGUCGACCACAUACAAGGCUCCAACAUUUUGUGACCAUUGUGGUAAUCUGCUUCAUGGAAUUGCCCACCAAGGAUAUUGUUGCAGCGGUUGCAAGCUAAAUGUGCAUCCAAAGUGUAAGGACGAAAUUCCCCAAUUGUGUGGUGCUGACAUAACGGAAAUUAGAGGACGAAUCUAUUUGAAUAUUUCACAUAAGGGUGGUGUGUUGACUGUGGAGAUCAAAGAAGCUGCUAAUUUAGUUCCAAUGGAUACUAAUGGGCUGAGUGAUCCUUAUGUUCGAACGCAAAUUCAUCCAGAUAAAGCUGAUAAGACUAAGAAGAAGACAAAAACUAUAAAGGGAAAUCUUAAUCCUGUUUAUAAUGAGACAUUUACUUAUGAUAUUAAACCAGAAGACAGAGAUAAACGACUACUCAUAGAAGUUUGGGAUUGGGACAGAACUUCUCGUAAUGAUUUUAUGGGAUCUCUAUCAUUCAGUAUCAAGGAAAUUAUUAAGGAACAAGUUGAAGGCUGGUACAAAUUGUUGUCCCAGGAAGAAGGUGAACAUUAUAAUAUUCCAUGCAGUGAUCCAAACAAUGAUAUUGCAAUGCUUAGAGAUCAAGUUAGGCGCCCAUCUCAACGUGACAAGAAAAAACGCAUGGACCACAAGGACAUGCCACACAACAUGAACAAACGCGAUAUGAUUCGAGCUGCUGAUUUCAAUUUCCUCAAAGUCUUGGGACGUGGUUCAUUUUCGAAAAUUCUCUUGGCCGAGCGUAGAGGUACAGAUGAGUUGUAUGCAUGUAAGGUGCUUCGCAAGGAUGUCAUUAUUCAAACUGAUGAUAUGGAACUUCCAAUGAUUGAAAAACGUGUCUUGGCUUUGUCCGGAAAGCCACCAUUUUUGGUUUCAUUGCAUUCAUGUUUCCAAACUAUGGACCGUUUAUUCUUUGUUAUGGAAUAUUGUAAAGGUGGUGAUUUAAUGUAUCAAAUUCAACAAGUUGGACGAUUUAAGGAUAAUGUUGCUAUGUUCUAUGCAUGUGAAAUAGCAGUCGCUUUGUUCUUUUUACACGAAAAAAGCAUCCUUUAUCGGGAUCUCAAAUUAGACAAUAUUCUAUUAGAUAGUGAAGGACAUGUUAAAAUAGCUGACUUUGGACUAUGCAAGGAAGGUAUUAAGGAUGAACAAACUACCACCACUUUUUGUGGUACAGCAAAUUAUAUUGCUCCAGAAAUAACACAAUAUCAACCAUAUACAAGUGCAGCUGAUUGGUGGUCUUAUGGAGUUCUAUUGUUCGAAAUGAUGGCUGGCCAGUCUCCAUUCGAGGGUGAUACUGAUGAGCAAAUUUUCAAAGCAAUCAAGGAAAAUAAAGUUAUUUUCCCAAAACAUUUUACUGAAGACGCUAGAGCCGUUUGCAAUGGAUUUUUAACUAAAAAACCAGAAAAUCGUCUUGGUUCGGGUUCAACAGCUCGUUAUGAUAUCAGGACACAUAAUUUCUUUAAAGAUGUUGAUUGGGAUAAAGUUAAUGGACGUGAAUUGGAACCUCCAUUUGUACCAAAGAUUAAACAUCGUAAGGAUAUAUCAAACUUUGAUAAGGAAUUCACUGAGGAGAAAACUGAUUUGACUCCAACUGAUAAAUUAUUCAUGAUGAAUAUGGAACAGAACGAGUUUAUUGGAUUCUCUUACCUGAAUCCAGAGUUUAUAACAUUUUUGUAAACAUUUUACGAGAUUCAGAAAUUUUAAAGGAAUGUGUUAAAAAAUUGUCAGUAAAAAAAGUUACGAUAAAAUAAAAUAAAAAUAUAUA